UUUUAGCUUAUGCAAUGAGCGAUGGUAGGCCUGUAAGUGGUCAGCUAAAGAAGUUUGUUUUCCGCGCAAGAUCCUCUACAAACGGCGACACUCGAGGAACGCAGCACAGACUGGUCUAUUGAAGCUCUACUGAAGAAGUGGGGACUCAAAGGUGCACUUCUGGACCUGGACUCACUCAGUGAAAGCUCUGGUGUUGACUACAGGGCUUUGAUCGGCGAACGCUCCUUACACCUGUUGGAAAUAGUAUCAUUAUAGGUUAUGGCCAGUACGGCAAGAGCAGCCCGCCUGUAUGUAGGCAACCUUGCCUGGACAGUUGGCCAUCGACAACUACGAGAAUAUUUCUCACAAUUUGGUCCAGUGCAGAGUGCAAGAGUAGUAUUCGAUCGAUCAACGGGCCUCAGCAAGGGCUACGGUUUCAUUGAAUUUACUAGUCCCUCAGCUGCAGCUGAUGCAACUAAUAAGCAGAUUCACACACUUGAAGGUUUCAACUUAAGUGUUCAAUUGCAAAAUAAUUAGAUAUUCUGAAUUUUAGUUAGUUUUUAAAAUGGCUGAGGCUCUUCCAGACUAUCCAGACUCAGAUUUUUCAGAUGAAGAUCAGUCUCCAUUGGACAGCUUGUUCAAUAAGGCAGCUGACCAUCUUAGAAAGGUUACAAAUAAAUUAACCAAUGGUCAACUUUUGGAGUUGUACGGGUUGUUCAAGCAAGGUACUGAAGGUCAAUGCAACACUCCAAAGCCUGGGUGGUUAGAUGGUAAAGGACGUAGGAAAUGGGAGGCCUGGAAGAAUCUUAAAGAUAUGCCCAGUGAAGAGGCUAAGGAGAAAUAUAUUGCUUUGUUGAAAAAAUAUGAUCCUGACUGGUCAGGUACACCUCAAAAGACAAAUAUUGAUACCAAGGAAACAUGGGUAGCUGUCUCAUCAAUGAGAUAUUCGCCUGAACCAGACCUCGUGCACAAUGAGCUUUCUUUGCUUGAUGCAGCCAGAGAAGACUGCGGAGAGCGAGUGAAGGAACUUCUGAUCAAGAAGCCGGAAUUGAAAUAUGAGAAAGACGAAGAUGGCCUCACUGCACUACACUGGGCUGCUGACAGAAAUGCAAUUAACGCACUAAGUGCAGCCUUAAGUGGAGGAUGUCCUAUUGAUGCAGUCGAUGAAUGUGGUCAAACAGCUCUGCAUUACGCAGUUUCGUGUGGUCAUGUAGAAUCAACUAAAAUCCUGACGAAAGCUGGAGCUACACUGCUAGAAGACGAGGAAGGUAACACUCCAUUAGACCUGGCUACUGAUACUGAAAUAAAGAAAAUUCUGGAAGGUGCUGAUUAAUUUAGCAUUUAUGUAGUUUUAUUAUGGAUGUAGAUUUUAAAUAUAUUAUUAAACAUUGAUCAGAGUUUCCAUAGCUUUUUUGCUGAUCUGCCUAUCAAUGAUAUGAAUUAAUAGAAUUUCCAAAAGGAACGUUCCUGCUAGCUAAAAAUACAAAACACAUUGAUAAAAAUGGUGGCAUUCUUUACAAAUUUUAUUAAAAUUGAAAAUGCUAUUUUUGUCAAUUUAUGGAUUUCAAUUCAAUCCAAAAACGUUGAAAACAAAAGUUACAGUUGGGCUGAAAAUACAAUAACAUUUUUAAGGUUUCAAACCUUGCUGGUGAGGAUGAAAUAAUUUUUAGUGUUCACACAAUAAUUAUCUAAUAUAUUUAAAAGA